ACCUCUAGUGUUUUUGUUUUGCAAGUUUUCGCACUGACAUCAUUCCGUUAUUCUACCAAAAUAAAAGAAAUUUGACAAUUGAAAUGGAAGCACUAGACUUACUGGAAAAAAGGAUUGAUGCCCUGACUCGGGUGCUUGGCCCAUUGCCAGAAACUCAUGGAGAACACAUCGACGGCAGCAGCAGUUCCCAUUCCCAAGCAGCGAACAUUGUCGACUCGUUGUGCUCCGCCAACGCCUUGUUGAGCGAAGCCACCACCGGACGCACACAGCUGCAGCAGGUCGUAGGACGAGCAGAUGAGUUGGAGAAGUAUUUGGACCCCAACUUCUUAGAGGAGCAGCAGCAGGUGAGAUCGAAAGAGGUCUAUUUGAAUGCCGUGGCACCAGAGCUGUAUGCCCAGAGUGAGCAACUGGAUCGAGUCAAGCAGCUGGAACCAGCACUAGGUGCUGAAUACUUUCGCAGCAUACCCAAUGAGUGCCUUGACAAGCUUAAGCAAAUUACCGAGAACAAUGGGGAAUAUGCUCAGCAAAGUGAACUAAUUGAGGAGAGCUUGAUAUUGGCCAUGAAGCGAUAUGGUGAGAUUCAAGCAGGCCUGCUUAGCUCGCUGGAUACGAUGAGCGAACGUUUGGAGCAGAUGGAACAACGCAUGGAGCAAAAGAAACGGGCCGACUUGACCAAGGAUGUUGCCUUAAAGGACUGACUGAAUUGAGAUUGCUGAGAGUAUUUAUCCCUAGAUAUUGUUUCCACUUCCACUGUUCGCCUAUAAGAUUUAUUUAAUACGCUAGCACAAUACACGAA